AUGAAGAAAGACGUCCCUGAUGAGCAAGUUUGCACAACGGUGAACAAGAUCAACAAGACCAGAAGCGGGGACUUGCUGAUUACGAUUUCGCGAAAGAGCGAGGACAAAGGCCAAGGCCUGCAACAGACCAUCGCAAACAUUCUUAAGGAGGAGGCCGAAGUGAUCUGCAAAGGGCCACAAGAAAACAUCGAGAUCCGAGACCUAGAUGACACCACAACAAAGGAAGAUAUUCAGGUUGCCCUGCAUACGGUAACCAAGGAGCUCUGCGAAAUACCACCAGAGACAAUCAAGAUCCGCAAAGCCUACAGCGGUACCCAAACCGCUGUCGUGACACUACCGACUGCAGCAGCUCAGAAGAUAUUAGAAGGAAGCGCGGCGUCUAUUAACGACAUCCGAUUUUAUAGUUGCUAUGCGCCAUCUAGCCUUUCCAUUGCCGAGUUUACUGACUUCCUGGAUCGACUGACCGAAGACGCAAAGCAAUACCACCCAGUAGCUAUAGCAGGGGACUUCAAUGCCUGGGCAGUAGACUGGGGCAGCAAGCAGACUAAUGCGCGAGGCAAGGCACUACGUGAAGAAAUGGCCUCACUGGAUGUGGUCCUUCUCAACAUCGGUAAGACACCAACAUAUACCAAGGGAAAGGCUAGUUCGAUAAUAGACCUCACAUUCGUCAGCAGCAGCUUAUUAAAAGGAAACUAUUCUUGGGAAGUCUUAAACACAUACACCGCCAGCGACCACAAUGCAAUACUUUGGGAAAUAUUGGCUGGCUGGAACCCUUAA